AAAAGAAAAGCAGAUUAUGGUGGAUCCACUUUCAUUGAAAAAUUCACCUAUCAAACAAAUGUAUAACCAAGAAACUACAAAGUUGCCAACUAUAAUCACAACUUCUUCUACCAUUUUGCACCCUCCAACAUUACAACCUCCAAAGCUAAGAUUUUUAAGCUUGAGUCUCCCGAAUUCGGUAAACUCAUCACCCCGGUUUGAUUCGAUCAAAAAAUCGAAUUCUGGGAGCCUGGAAACACAAUGUCUAAAAUCUACUAAUAAUGUGACCACCACACUUCAAGAUCUUCUCCAAGAAGCCCGUUUUGGGAAGAGCAAAUCAUGUGGUGAUGGAAGAGAAAGUGCUUCCUUAGAGGAAUUUGAUUUUGAUCAAUGGUUGACUAAACUAAGUACAAAAGAGCUAGAAAAAUGGGAGUGGCAUUAUGGUACUUUCACAAAACAAGAACAUGUUAAGGAAAGCCCUAAGAAUGUUGUUAAGCAAAUGAAAACAACAACACCACAUGAUGGAUUCAAAUGUAAUUCUCUUUGUCUUUUUUUACCUAACUUUGUUGGUAAAAUAAAGCCAAUUAAAAUAAGAAAGGAAGUAUCAGAAAAAGUAGCUCCAACUAUGUCUAGGAAUGUUUCAUUGGAGAAUUUUGAAUGUGGCUCUUGGGCUUCUGCAGCUAUGUCUCAUGAGAUUGAUGGAGAUUCUAAUAACUCUUACUUUGAUCUUCCAUUGGAAUUGAUGAAAUAUGGUAGUGCUAUUGAAGUAGAUUCACCUAUUUCUUCAUCUUUGGUUUAUGAAAAAGACCAACUUAAAGGUGUUUUGAAAAAUGGUUCAGCUAGAGGCAGUGCUAGAAAAUCGGAGGUGUCGCCACGACAUGUUCGGUUUUCUUUAUCAUCUUCUUCUUCUCCAUCUUACCCUGCAUCUCCAGCAUUUUGCAUUAGUCCCCGUUUGAGGAAAGCUAGAGAAGAUUUUAACACCUUCUUAGCAGCAGCACAAACUGCAUGAUAGUAUUGAAGAUUGAGCUUGCCUAUGAAAAUGUGGAAUUUAGACUUCAAAUGUAUACUCAGGAAAUGCUUAUUUGUAGGUGGUUCUGAACGUUACCUUUAUAAUCACUUGCUUAUGUGCCUGAUGUUUUCAAUUUGCAUGAUCAUUUUUGCAAGAGUUAGCUUAAAUGUUAAAAUAAUGAGUUUUGAAGGGCAAUUAGUUAGAUGGUAUUUUUGUUUGUAAUGCAAGUAAUCUCAUAUUGUCUACCUACCAAGUUAAAGACUUGGUUCCACAACAAAGAUUUGUUAACAAUUGUGUCACAACCGAUUCAAAUGUUUGUUUCUUUGGAAAUUCGCAUCAAACAUAUGUGAAUAAUUUCAAUUGUGAAAACAACAAUAUAUGAGCAACAGUUAAAGGGGUUUUGGCCAA